CGAUGGCUAUGCAAAGUUAGCGAGUCGUCCCGAACCUAUCACGCCUGAAGAAAGGGAGCAUCUGGGGCUGGUUUCGUUUUUCCGGCUGGUAGAAAUGCGCGACAGGAGCUGGAAAUACGCCUGUGAUUGCGGAAUGAGCGGUGGCACAGUAUAUGCACGAGACCAACGAGGUAGUUUUGGCUUCAAGAAUGCGAUACGGUCUGCCUUCGAAGAUGAAUUGAUGGAGGAUGGUGCUUAUGUAUCUAGCGUUGAAGCUACUAUAGAUCGUAACGUGGAGCAGACAGAACGUAAGUUCACAAAGAAGAAGGGGAAAGAAUUUUGCUACUGUUUGAGGUGCACCAUGCAAUCGGUGUCGACAGAUAUUGGCACGCGCAAACUUGGCAAAGGUCCCUAUGUCACGGCAGCGCGUCUUUACGUUGUGAGCCCCCAUGUUUGGCGCUUAGCCCCAGGCAUUCCAAGCUUUAAUACUACCUUUCUCAAAUAUGUGUGGAAAGUCACCUUUUUUACUCUUUUCAUAUGUUUCGUCUGAUGAUUUUUAAGCGCUUCUAGAAGCGUGCUGAAUGUGACUGCCAGACAUGAGAGGGCGCAGUCUUUGCAUCGUGGGCAUAGUGCGGUUCAGAUAGAAGCCUGUGUAUGCUGCGUGCCAGGCAUGGGAGCCGAUCGAUACAAGACCAUCAGCUCAGCGAGGUGCUGCACACCUCACCUUCUCAGACUGUCAUAUCAUGAUUGCUGUUGAGCCUACCUCCAUCCCGCCCUCAUCGUCGGUGUCGACUCCAAAACCGGAGCCAGCCUGUGCAGAACAGCAGCUUGCUCCUGUGAGAGAUAGCUUCUUUUACUUCGAAACUGUGGUUUUUUUGGUCGAAAACACUCUCUUCAGAGUUCCUCGAUACGGACUCGAAAAUGACGAAGGUGUCUUUGGUAUAUUCUCUAUGCCCCAUGUAGGCAAAGAUAGAGAAGGAGCAAGCGACAAGACACCUAUAGUACUUCCUGAUGGCAUCACUGCAUUCGACUUCAGAAGCUUCCUGAAGGCUAGCUAUCCUCAGCUUCCUGGCGUGUCUGCUUCUCUCACAGUGGACGAGUGGAUGUCCGUUCUCAAACUCUCCGAUAUGUGGCAGUUCCCGAAGAUGCGGUCAAAAGCGAUCGAUGCAACCGAGACACAGAUUCAGAACUCGGGCGCGGUAGAUAUGAUUCUGCUGGCCAAGAAAUAUCGCAUCUCUAGAUGGCUGAUCAAGGGCUAUGAGACCUUGACAAGGCGCCCAGAACAUAUCACCGCUGACGAGAGAGAGCGUCUAGGUUUGGACACGUUCCUACGACUGGUGGAUGUGCGCGAGCAAAGCUGGAAGUAUGCCUGCGACUAUGGGAUGUAUGCGUCAUACAACACGGUGUAUGCACGAGAUAUACGAGGUAGUUUUGGGUUCAAGGAUGCGAUAGAGAAGAUUUUCAACGACGAAUUGAUGGAGGACGGAGAGUUUCGCAUGGCCCAUACAACUUAAGCUCAUUUGUAGGUCCAUUUCUGCGUCUCUGUGCGGCGUUGCAUGCAACAAUGUAUGAAUACAUCAAUGAUGGUGCUAGUGUACUUUCUCGUGCUUUCGUAUUCAUUCUCUCAAUUUUGGAACCUCAAUAAUCGCUCCUCUCUGAGCUACAAUAUAAUAUACGAAAUAAUUCAAUGCACCAUCAUGCAGUC